AUGGUUUCUGCAAUUGAAAAGCACUGUUCAGAGCUUGUAGCCCGUGAGCGAAGCGGUCAUACGGCUCUAACUGAGAGAAAUGUCCUGUACGUGUGGGGAGGCUACGUGUCAAUUGCUGAUGAUGAAGUUUUCCUACAUAAUUAUGAAAUCUGGUUAUAUGACCUAGAAAGAGGUGUAUGGGAAAUGUGCAGGAUGUCAGGUGAGGUCCCGCCCCCCAUGUCAGGCACCUGUGGCUGCUCUCUGAAUGGAGACAUGUAUAUAUUUGGGGGAUGCGAUGACAACGGCCAGACCAACCAGCUUUACUGUGUCAAUGGAAAAUACACUUGGAAGAAAGUUAACCAUAAGAGUGGCUCCCCUCCCUCACCCAGAGAUAAGCUCUCUUGCUGGGUUUUCAAUGGCAGGCUCAUCUACUUUGGUGGAUAUGGUCAUAAGCAACUUGAUGACAUCAAUAACAACAGAAGCUUCCUUAUGGAUGAGGUGUCAUGGGUGGAUGACAUCUAUUGGGGAUGGAACAAUGAAGUCCAUAUGUUUGACCCAACAUCUGCCAGUUGGAGUGAACCACAUACCAGUGGUUGUGCACCUGACCCGAGAGCUGCCCAUGCCAGUGUAACACUUUGCCACAAAGGAUAUGUAUGUGGGGGCAGAAUAAGGGAAACCAGGACAAGUGACAUUUAUUGUCUAGAUCUAGAAUCAUGGACAUGGUACGAAAUAGUACCAGCAUCCAAUGUGCCAAUGGGAAGGUCGUGGCAUACCCUCACUGCAAUAUCUGACAGCGGUUUGUUUAUAUUUGGAGGACUGAGUAUAGACUGCAAACCAAUGAGCGAUGGCUGGGUAUUUGAUGUUGGGACGAAGAAAUAGAGGGAGUUUGAGCAUCCAUACAUGAACAAACCAAGGUUGUGGCACACAGCAUGCCAAGGGAAAGACUCUGAUGUCAUUGUGUUUGGGGGUAGUUGCAACUACAUCCUUCGAGUAGACACAGGUCACUGCAAUGAUGCACUUGUUUUCCAGACCCAGCCCUACCCACUCUUACGGAUAUGUGAGGAUUACAUAGCCAAGAAUGUGAAGAACUGCAAGAUGCUUGAAAAACAGCUUCCAUUUGUGCCCCCAAAACUACUGCCAGCUGUACAGAAGAGAAUAUCAGAAUAUCAGACAACAAAGAAAAUAUAG